UGCCACCACCGCUGAAACUUUUAUUAGCCGAGCCGAGCGAGCGUUCGAGGGCGAGGAGGAAAUCAGGUGGGGGAAAACUUAAAAUUAGAAGUCCAGCGCAAUAAUUGAGCAGGCAGGGCCCCUCCUAAUCACUGCCCCUAAACAUGUGUGCCGGGCCGAGGCCAUGGUCGAUGCAGGGAGGAGGAUGCCGCCGCUGCCGCGGAGAUUGAUAGUACUAGUAUAAAGCAGGCGGAGACAGCCGGCCCCUCUGGCCUCGCUGCUCCCCCUUCCUCCCCGUCCCCACCCACAUGCCCUGCCUCCGCCCCGCCCCGCCCUGCCCAAGGUGAUUGAUUGAUUGGUUGGUUGGUUGGUUGCUUGCUUGCUUCGUUUCAUGCUUUCCCCUUGCUUUGCUGAGAUCCAAAAGCUGAGACUCAGCUUGUGGAUCCAUCUGUUCUGUGCGCCUACUCGUAUCUUAUCGCCGCCAGAUUGGGAGCGUAUGUGCCUGCUAUCUGUGGAUCCAUCUGUAUGUUGUUUUCCUGAUUGAAUCGUGUGUUGGAUGCCUGGUGGUUGACCUUGCUCCUAGUCUUUUGAUUUACACGAGCUUUCGACGAAGCCGCGUCUGGUCUGUCUGCUCCAUCACAAGAGCACGCAAAUGCUGAGUUCCCCCACCCCCAACAAACAAUUACUAGAGUAGCUGCAUUGGCGGGGAAAUUAAAGCGCUAGAAGCUCAGCAGCAAUGGCGGAGCAGGCGGGCGUCGGAAGGUACUGGUGCCACAUGUGCGCCGCGGCCGUUAGCCCCGCGGAGGGCGAGGUGGAGAUGAAGUGCCCGUUCUGCCACAGCGGCUUCCUCGAGGAGAUGGAGACCGCCCGCGGGGCCGCGACCGACGACGGUGACGGCGACGGCGCGGUGGCUCAGGUGCACCCCGGCGCCGACCGCCCGAGCUCCAUCUGGGCGCACGCUAUCCUCAGCACGGUCGACAGCUCCGCCCGUCGCCGCCGCAACCGGCGGCAGCAGGAGGCCGCCAGCGACGUCUACGACUGGAACGACCCCGAGUUCUCGCUGCGCCGGCGGCGCGUCACCGCGUUCCUGCGGCUCCUGCACGAGCUCCGGGACCGCCAGCUGCAGCGGCUGGAGUCCGCUGCCGGCGUCGCCCUCGAAGGCGACCAGCUGACCCCGUUCGGCCGGAGCCUCUUCAUCGGCGCAGCCGGCGGCGAGCAUGGCGUGGCGCUGGGCGACUACUUCCUCGGCCCCAGCCUCGACGCCUUGGUACAGCAGCUCGCCGAGAACGAUGCGGCGCGGCACGGAACGCCGCCGGCCAAGAAGGAGGCCGUGGAGGCAAUGCCUACCGUGGAAAUCGCCGGCGGCAACGAUGACGACGACGCGGCCAGCUGCCCGGUCUGCCUGGAGGACUACGCGCCCGGCGAGCGCGCCCGCGAGAUGCCCUGCAGGCACAGGUUCCACGGCAAUUGCAUCGUGCCGUGGCUCGAGAUGCACAGCUCCUGCCCUGUCUGCCGGUUCCAGCUGCCGGCCACCGACGACAAGAGCUCAUGCAGCGGCGGCGACGGUGGUUUCGUCAGUGUCGAUGCGGAUCGUGAAGGCAGUGACAACGGCGGGGGUGAUGGUAGGGCAAGCUCUCCGGGCAACGCCGAGCUAGCUGAAGCUGAAGAGAGUGGCAGGCGGUUGCCGCCAUCCUUGCAGUGGCUCAACAGCCUGUUCUCGCCGUCGGCGCAGUCCUCCGGUAGCGGCGGCAGCAGUUCGCAUCAUUGGGAGAACUAAGCAAUAUUGCCAUGGUUGCUGCCGCUUGAAAGCUUGGCCCGUUGGUUGGUCCCAAUGUACAUAGGAAGGAGCAGGAGCAUGCCGGGUUGGUGCCAUGUAAAAAUCUGGAGCCUUUUUUCAGUUUGGCUCAUGUUAAUGGUCUCUGAUAUGUAUCAUGGCUGUAAAAAAGAACAGAAAUGGGCAAAUGUAUGAACUUGCCGCGCUCUUGCGUGAACUGGGUGCUAAUCAUCGUCUUACUACUCAA